AUGUUGGGACGCCAAGGAGUCACAGGAAAAGCUGACUUUCCGAAGGGCAAGGUAGAAGACUUGGAUGAUGAGGAGGUGCAAAAGAUCGACCUCGCCAAGUUGAAGGAAGCCCAACAGCUGUCACGUGAACUCAUCUGGGCUGCAACCCGCACAAGGGUGGAUGUAGCAUACGCAGUGGGUGCAAUGGCCGGACGGCUGCACAAGGACCCUGAAAGAGCUCUGAAGAUAGGACAUCAAGUCCUGGACUACCUCAACAAGUUCCCAACGCUUGGGGUCAGCUACUCUCUAUGCAUCACCACCGAGCUGGAUGAAAGUCAGGUGCCACAGACCUUGGAUACCAUUGAGGUCUUUGCUGAUGUCUCCUACGCCCCUAGGUCAGAGUCAUACAAGUCAGGGCAAGGGAUUGUCACAACCCUUGGUGGUCAAACCAUCCAGUGGCACACAGGAAAACACACUCUCAUAGCCACAUCCACGGCGGAGGGCGAGUUGCUGUCCUACCAAGAGGCUCAGGUGAUGGGGGCUGGAGUGGAAGCCUUGAUGUUUGAGAUGGGCUUCAAUCCCAAGGUCAUCAUGUACAGUGACAACAAGGCCGCGAUCUCUUUGGCAGCCUUGGAAACGCGACGCUUGAGGAUUAGGGAACUGACAGAGCUGGCUGCAGACGGCCUCACGAAACCACUUGGCCGACAAGCCUUCAUGGACUUUGUGACGAAGACGGAGAUAGCUGAGGAGAAGAGAACUGUUUUGGAGCACCUCCAAGUCAGCAAGGUUGUCAGCAUCGAAAAGAACUUGCUCUGCGUGAGAGAUGCCUACCGGUUCACCAGUCCCACUUCCAAAGGUGGAGUUCACUCCAACUUCAAACCAACCAACUGUGAAUAUGAAGGCUAUGAGGGUGAGACGAUGUGCUCAACGAGGCUUGGCGGACAUCAGCUACAACGUGAUGGUUCUGGUGGAGGAGCGGCCGAGAGGUCAUGCCCGGUGGAUUCUACGAAGCUGGAAUCUGUGCGCUUCACGGUGAUCUUUCAUGGAGAAGGUCUUAGCAACAGAACGAUCCUGCAUGAUGAGUGGGAUUCGACACCGGAGCGCAUUGACUAUGGCGAGUGGAAGGGCUAUACGAUCUUCAAGAUCAAGGAGGAUGAGGAGCCAACUACGAUGGAUCGUGCAGGCUAUGGUGGAAGAGAUCCAGGUGAGUCGACAGCGACCAUUCGUGGCCAUGAUGCUCUACAUCCUCCACAACAACUAAUGGUGAGAACACCAACAGGUCUACAACGAGCCACACCGGAGCUGCAGAUGAUUGGUCGUCGCCAACCACGUCCUGCCGAAGCUCUACAAGGUCCAGUUUUCCUCCUCAAACUGCGAGAGGUCAGCGAGGUGGUCGAGACCCUGUUCUUGCUGAGGCUUCUGGACAAGUUCGAGGUUCUGGUCAUGCCAGAGGUUCUGCAGAAGUUCCAGGCGAUGCUCAUCCGCAAAGAAGCUCUUGGAUCUGGCUUUGCGGAUGGUCUUCUGAUGUCUGAUGACUAUGUGGCAGAAGAAGAUGACAGCUUUGAGCUGGUGACAUCACCGUCACCACCACGGCUCAGGUCUUUCAGGCUAUGUCAGAAUGUGGAGGUGGAGAGCUCUGUGGAAAGUGAAGAUGGAUCGCAGUCACCUACACCAGGGACAAGGUCAAUGUUGCCGUCUUCGCCUUCAAGCUCUUCAUCUACCGAGCUGAAGUUGGAUCCUGAAGCAGCUGAUUCGAUUGACCCACCUCGAGGACAACGUGGUGUCUGGGAUGAGUAUGUCCAGGCAACGCCAAAGACAAGGUCGAUUGGAACUCAGGUUGGAGCUUCAACAAGGUCGCCUCCGAGAGGAAACUCAUGGGCUGCUGCUACAUUGGAGGAGGUUCACAUCCUGAGGCAAGAGAAUCGGAUGCUUCAGCAGAAUCUGGAGCCAGGAGUGCUGGGAGAACAAUUCCCAUCGGCUGUGCAGUUGACAGAAGCUGCAAUGGGCUGGCGGCAUCACUACCGCACAGAGCCGAUUUUGAGGCUUGAAGGUGAGACGCUGGAUCGACCUGGAAUGAGGCCAGCAAAGACUGCGCCACCGGAAGCGCCUGUGAAGGAUUUGCCACCACGUUUUCAGUGUCUUCUCUCCUGUAGCACUUAG